CUAAUUAAAGCUGAAAGUUGAAGUGCUGCACAACUCUACAUACCACUUCAUAAUUGUAUAUACAUUGGAAUCGACUUCGUGCCUGUGGAAAUCGGGUUUUGGAGUGAGAUGAAGCUAGAGUAUUAUUGAUCCGGAACGACUGCCGGUGCUUGCGGGUGUGGAGUUGCCCAAAAUUGCCAAGAGCCCUGUCCUCGUCUGUGCUGAGUGGUGCGUAUAGUGCUGUGGCGCUGACAGACAACCUUGCGGCUUCUAGACAUCACGCUCUUACCUCCAACGUCGAUCAUAGAGCCCCCAGCUUCAUUCUUCGUACAUACAUUCAUACAUACAUCCUUACAAACGUAUCCAUAUCGCCACCGGUGAAGGCUCGACCUCCACAGGCCAUCCUCUUCACAUCCAUGUUAUGACUCGCGAUACGCCCGCCAACGGCUUCAAUGUCGACCCCCAGGUACUGUCAGCCUUGUGGGCAGCGCAGGCACCUUCGUUUCCACGCCUGCCGCCCGACGCGCCUCCGGAGCUCCUGGCGAACACUGUCGACGUGAGGGAUCCUCAGCGGGUGUAUAGCAUAUACCGUGCCAGCAGGCGCUAUAAUUUCCAGCUCCUGGUCGAGAGAUUCAUCUUCCAGAUACGAUAUGGCUGUCGGGUGCCUUACUGCACGACAGCUACCUGCUUCACCUAUCGCAGGCGAGUCGCUGGCGCAAAGCCUAUUCGGAGAUACAAUGCUACUAGUGCCAGGACCCUGGCGUGCCAUUUAGCAACCCAAGACGACCCCGAAUCUGCGCUUUGCCCUCACAUGAACGCACACCCCGAAGCCAAACAACCUGGGAACCCCCCCGCAUCACAACAUACCAAAGCUCGCUCUGGUGAGUCCAGAAAGAGUGCUGAGAAAGAUGGUCUUGCAAAAGAAGCUGUCGACUUGCUGGUAGAAGACUACAAUAGGAGGCGCCUUGGGGCAAUAUCAGAACGACUCCCUCGAUCAUCUUCCGACGAGCAAAUCUCGGGCGCAGAUGCGACGCGAGAUAAGCAACUAGUUGUGCUAACUCGUGAGGAUGGCGAAGUUGAAGACAUAUCGUUGAGCUCUCAUUUGGACAACCAAUCGGUGAAGAUAGACCCCAGGUCCUUCGUACAAAACGUAUUCAACACGGAUGCCAUGAAAAUGCUGGAAUGGUUGACACCUACCAAUUUUGGAUCGUUGGCCUCGUCGUUGACGGGCAUGAUAAAUUUCCUUUCGAGUGAUUCGGCGCCCAAUCCGGCCGAAACGCCGCCCGAGGCAUCCCAAGGAGAAGCCGAGCCGAAAAAUGUUGGACAACAAACUCUCCCAACUUUACAGGAAGGUGAUGUACUCGGGUCGUUGCCGGCAUCGGAAAUCGUACCAUAUAAGUCGAAAUCCGGAACACCAGGUACUACGACAACUGACGGGACAAGUGCGGAUAGGCAAUCCACAAGUGCCACUUCUGGUCACAGCAGACAUCGCCGGCGCGGUGACCUGGCGUCAUCUCCGCCAGCGCCAGCUUUCAAACCUCUGAAUUCUGCUGUCUUGCCCGAAGUUAGACGACGCGACUCUGGCGAACACGACAAAUCCGUGAAACUACACAGAGGAGGCUCGUUUUCUGAAGAUGGCGUGUCGCAACGCCGCAGGUCGAGCGAUAGCCACAGCUCCAUAUCGUCAAAGAAGACUCGGAUUGGCCUGUCCCCAAGCAUCAAGGCUGCUAAUACUUUUGCAACCCAAGAGACCCCGCUGCCAGCACCCAGAGGAAACGAAUUAGCAUCGUCAAAGACAUCUAGUGUCACUAGUAUGGUUGGUCUGGGACUGGGAGACAAUCUGGCUAAGGGCGCGUCAGUCUUCAACGCAUCUGAGAAGGCCAGGCAAGAGUCUCAACCAAGUGAAUCGGAGAAUCCAAAAGAUGAGAAUUUACCACAGUCACUCAGCACCUUGACAGUAGAUAGUAUUGAGUUACUAUGCAAUAUUCUGUUGGCUGACGGUAUACUCAACUUCAAGACAGGCGGCAUAUCUUCUAUGGAUGAAGGGAGGCUAUGCAAAGCAAUGUCCCGUCCGCCAAAGUUAAAGAUUCAGCGGCAGCCAAACACAGCAAAGGGCUGGAGGAUUUUCGCAGAACAGAGCCUGUUCUAUGUGCUUAGCGACCGCAAAGCUCUAAUCCGGUCGUUUUCAACAGAAUCAAAUGUUCUCUUGGAUAGCCGAAUGUUGAUAUAUUGCCUAGCGCGUAUAAGCAGAGUUGCGUUUGAUGUUCUAUUUGAUGGACUUUGGAGUGUAGCUGCAGACCUGUACGAUAUGCCUCGGCAGCUUUCAGAUAUACAAGAUGUAGGGAAACUACAACUCGGCGGCGACUUGCCCAGCGGUUCUCCAACAACGAAGGAAGAGGCUUCAAAAAUUAUGAUCAUAUGCCUACAUGCUUUGGUUGCAGCUGCUCCAUACUCGCAAAACUUAUUCGUCACGCGCCCAGCAUCGUUAUCGCGAGGAAGAGGGUUAUCUUAUACCCGUCACUACCCGUAUGCGUCAGAUUAUGCCCUCAAACUUGACGAUGUUCUCUCCAACGAGUUGGCUCUCAGACUAGCUCGGCGACUAUUUGCAGCAAUUUCUGCGAGGCGUCGUUUCCAGGAACUGGAACGGCUUAAUAACUGGGAGACCGCAGGACUGGCACAGGGCACUGACAUCUUGGAUGAUGUUCUUGAAUCCUUGGAAUCAUUUGACAUUGAGAGAUCACCACCCUCACCAGACACGCAGCGAUUGCCAGAUGAAACCAGGUCGGCAACGAUACUUAUCGACUGGGCGCGAACAGUUAUACUGCAAGAUUGGAAAGCGACUCCAAUUGUUCCUGCUGAUGGCGCCUUUGGAGGAGCGUUAGCGCUCGUCAAGGCAAUAUAUGACAGGCGCAAACCGCUUCUUCUUACAGAGCAGAACUUUCGCGCGGAAUUCUUUGCGGACCGUUUAGAUUCCACGGAGAUGCCAGUCGAAUGGUUGACAUUCGCGCCUAAUAGGAAGUCUGUUCACCUCCUCGACUACCCGUUCCUCUUCAGUAAAGCCAGCCUUGUUACCUAUUUCAGGGCUAUUAACUUCUCAAGAAUGAGUGGUGCGUUUGACUCUGCGGGAACUAUGACUAUCCGUGUUACAUCGAUCGCAUACUCGGCACAAUCGAGCCUUGUCACAGACCCAGCCCGCAGGGACCAUCUCAAUGAGAAACUCCGUGUCGCAACGUCGAAGUUUCUCGUUCUACAAAUUCGCCGUAGCCAUGUUCUCGUGGAUGCCUUCGAUAAGCUAUGGAGACGCGAGGAGAGAGAGCUGCUCAGACCUCUAAAGAUCAAACUGGGCGAGGAAGCAGGUGAAGAAGGGUCCGAUUCUGGAGGUGUCCAGCAAGAGUUUUUCCGCCUGGCGAUAGCAGAAGCACUGAAUCCGGAUUACGGCGCGUUCACGAUCGAUGAGCGGACAAAGAUGAUCUGGUUUCAAGCUAGUUCACCAGAACCAUUGUGGAAAUUCGAACUUAUUGGCCUCCUGGUUGGUCUCGCCAUCUACAAUGGAUUGACCCUCCCAGUCACAUUCCCCAAAGUUCUAUACCGCAAGCUCCUUAACCAGCCUGUCACCGAACUGCACCACAUUGAAGAUGGUUGGCCUGAGCUAGCUGCUGGCCUCACUUCCCUCUUGGAGUGGGACGAGACGAAUGGCCUGGUUUCUGAUGUCUUUUGCCGGACCUACGAAUUUAGCGCCAACGUCUUCGGGGCCCCGGUUUCCAUCGACAUGUCCGCGCCCAACCCCUCACCCUGGCCCCAGUUCGCCUCCCUAUCCCACACGAAGAUCUCCUCCGAGCUCGCCUCCGAGGCCGCCGAAGCGCCCAUGGUCGAUGCCUCAAACCGCAACGACUACGUCAGUGACUACAUCUCGCAUCUCGCGACCCACUCCGUUGCUCCUCAAUUCGGCGCCUUCCAGCGCGGCUUCCUGACCUGUCUCGAGCCGCGCUCUCUCGCGCUCUUCACGCCCUCGCUCCUCCAAUCCACGGUAGAGGGUGUGCAGGAGAUCGACAUCGCUGAGCUGCGGCGGUACGCGCGCUACGUCGGCUGGGAUGCUGAUCACCGCGCCAUCAAGGACUUUUGGUCUGUGGUGCGCCGCUUCGGGACUGAGGAGAAGAAGCGGCUCCUUGAGUUUGUGACGGCGAGCGAUCGUGUGCCCGUGGGCGGCAUGCGAAAUCUAGUGUUUGUGGUGCAGAGGAAUGGGGAGGGGGAAGAGGGGGAUGUAGCAGAGGAGGAGGGAGAGGGCACGGAGGGGCAUGUAGGAAGGGGGAGGCUGCCAACGAGCUAUACGUGCUAUGGGACGCUUUUGCUGCCGGAGUAUAAGGAUCGGGAGACGCUGAGGAGGAAGCUGAGUAUGGCGCUGGAGAAUGCGAAAGGGUUUGGGUUUGCGUAAGGGGGGGAGGAGUUAAAUCAUUUCAAGGAGUCGGUUUUGGCAUGGGUAGCGUAUAUCCUUCUUGCGGUACAUACAAUCGCAGAUUAGCGUUUUAACGACGAGCGUUUACUUGU